AAAAAUAAAAAAUUGUUAAGUAAAUUUCGUCUCCAUCUUCAUAAAACACAGAAAAGUCCAAAGCAACUGUUCUUGAAAAAAAGUUUAUGAAAACCCUAAAAAUUCAUUAACAAAAAAAUAAAAAAUUCUUAAAAUGAAGAUCAAGAAGCCAUUGCAGCAACUCAAGCUCUCCGUUCCUACUCCAGAAUCCCCAAUCACUUCCUUCUUGACUGCCAGCGGUACAUUUCAUGAUGGAGAUUUUCUUUUGAAUCAGAAAGGUUUGCGCCUCGCCACUGAAGAACCUAAGGAAUCAAAUCGGGCUUCUUCUUCGGAGAGUGGGGAUAAGGUGCUUGACUUUGAAUUUUCAUUGGAAGAUCUUGAGACUAUUAAAGUCAUUGGAAAGGGAAGUGGCGGCGUAGUUCAACUUGUUCGUCAUAAAUUUGUUGGCACUUUUUUCGCUUUGAAGGUUAUCCAGAUGAAUAUACAAGAGGAAAUUCGCAAACAAAUUGUACAGGAGUUGAAAAUAAACCAAGCUUCGCAAUGUCCUCAUGUUGUUGUUUGUCACCACUCAUUUUAUCACAAUGGAGCUUUCUCGCUUGUGUUAGAAUACAUGGACCGUGGCUCUCUCGCGGAUGUCAUUAGACAAGUUAAAACAAUUCUUGAACCUUAUCUGGCGGUGGUUUGCAAGCAGGUUCUACAAGGCCUUGUGUACUUGCACAAUGAACGGCGUGUGAUUCAUAGGGACAUUAAACCAUCCAAUCUAUUAGUGAACCAUAAGGGGGAAGUAAAGAUCACUGAUUUUGGUGUGAGUGCAGUGGUGGCUAGCACUAUGGGUCAAAGGGACACCUUUGUUGGAACUUAUAAUUACAUGUCGCCAGAGCGAAUUAGUGGAAGCACUUACGAUUAUAGCAGUGACAUUUGGAGUUUAGGCUUGGUCGUACUGGAGUGUGCUAUAGGUCGGUUUCCUUAUAUGCAAUCUGAAGAUCAACCAGGUGGCCCAAGCUUUUAUGAGCUUCUGGAAGCCAUUGUGGAAAGUCCACCACCAUCUGCACCAGCAGAUCAGUUCUCUCCCGAGUUCUGUUCAUUCGUAUCUGCCUGUUUACAGAGGAAUCAUCAAGACAGGGCAUCAUCAUUGGACCUCAUGAGUCACCCUUUCAUCAAGAAAUUUGAAGACAAAGACAUUGAUCUCGGAAUUCUUGUGAGUAGCUUGGAACCUCCUGUGAACUACCCUAGAUAGUUUGUCUUCUGUUUAUGUCAAGCCAAGAUAAUUUGUCUUAUAACAUUCAUGUUGAUUGUUCAACUAAGUUGUACUGAAUUUUAUAAGUUUCACAUCUGGUCUCGUCACUCUGUCAAUGUUAGUCUUGACCGAACAUUACAGAAAAUUACCUUGUAUUAUCAAAGCAUAUGAUUUACUAUAUAACUGAUUGAUAGACAGUUUAUAAA